AAGCCAUAAUGAAUCGCCAGAAAGUGUUGGCGAUUUGCUUUUGUGUUUUCGUACUCCUCAACGAAGUGGGACGCGUGCACCUUUAUCGCCAUUCUUCAUCUUCGAAAAAGACGAUUAUUGGUGACGAUGUCAAUGGAAUAAUAAAGCAAAAGACGCAGCGUUUCGCAGUCCCCUCUAGUGCUUUGGCUUACCUCCUGAAACUUGGAUACGAAGGACUUCAGUUGGGAGCAGAGUUUUUUGCCGAUAUCACGACAUUGGUGUCCAUUGUCUCGACGUUCUAUGCCGAGGCAGUUGAUUGCAUGUCUGGCAGUUAUUCUGAAGUUUCUGAAUGGUCAAAAGAGGCUGAUGAAACCGUGACGUUUAUCAACACCAACAGCCAUAAAAUCAACGAGAUGCAACUUGAGAUCAAGCAAACCCAAACCAUUGCCGAGUCCCUCAACUAUCAUUAUAACGAAACACUUAAAUUGAUCCAAGAAGUAGGAGGUUUGUCUGAAAACCUGCUGUACUCCGUUGACUCAAACCUUCCACAAGCUAUCAAUCAAUCUAGUGUUGAAAUCGAGAAAUUGGUUGCAGAGAAAGAAGGCGAAGAGGAAGAAGUCGACUAUGCCGUGUUAACUGGAGACUGGGUUGAUAAAAUAGAUAAAAGUGUUCAAGUCGCAGUUCCUGUUGUGACAACAGUGGUUCCUAGAAUGCCCAAAGCUAUCGAGUUUGCAAAGAGACGACUUGGGAAUUUGAAAGGCCUUCACUUACUUUCCAGGUUUAAGAAUAUAAAGCUUCCCACCAUUAACUCAAAGGCCUUCAACGCCAUGAGUAGCUGGUUUACAAAAGCUGGCUCAUUCAUAAAGGAAAAGGUUGGUCUGCUGCGAAGACACAUUACGGGAAAGUAUUCAAAGGCUUUAAAAGUUGUCAAAGGUUUGAAAAAUGGAUUUUUCAUCCUAACUGGAUACCUUGGUGGAGCUUUCAACAUCUAUAAUACUGUAAAGAAUUUUAGAAAAUGCGAAGAAGUCAAAGAGCACACUUGGAAAGCUCUCGUGAAAGUAAGGAGCGCCAAACAAUUGUACGAUGAAAUAUGGAAGAACGUAACAGAAGCAAAAACAGCGAUAGACAAUGCGGCAACAGCAAUGGUAGAACGUCUUUCAGACGAUAUAUUCUUACAAGAUCUUGAAAAUACAAAAGAAAGCCUUUUUGCCAUCCAAGGACCUAAUCAGGGUUUACAAGAAAUGAUUGACACUACAUCGCAAUACAUCGAACAAAUUAAAUCAACGACUGACAUAAUGCAAGUGCAUAACUUGAUGGUUGAUCUUUACCAAAACGCAUUGGGCAGUUUACCCUUUGUUUAUAAAUGCCUCAUCGAUAAGACUGACUUUGUGAGAAAAGUCAUUGACAAUUGCAAAAAAGGAUUCGAAAGCUUGCAACAGAACAUAGCAACAGCAAGGAUUUUCCACAACUUCGAGAUCAAGGAGUGUGAGAAGAUGAUCUCGGUACCAGAUCUCACUGACGACGAUAUCAUGAAAGCUGUGACCAAAGCCUCUGAAGACGAGCAUUUUAAUAUGAUAUGCCCAUUGAACAACGUGGAGGCUUUGAACCUAAUAUGCGAGUACCAUUGCAACGGUCGUAGCAUCAAGUACAUGGCAUCAAAACUGAAAAUCGACAACCAGCAAGCGAUCAAAGAUCACGUGAAGAAAUGUCCACCAUGCAACAUAACAAAAAUGAUGAAGUCCAUGAUCUGCAUGGAGCGAAAUGACGGAUCGAGUGAUGAGUCGAUUCAAGAGGAGUUAUUUCCUAUGCUGACACUCGAGCAAAUUCAACAAGUAACCUGUCCUACCAAAUAAGAAUGAUCUUGGCAUCUGUGCGACUGCCUACAAGAAACUUAGUAACAGAUAAUUGCUUAGUCCACUUAUUCUAUCCAAUUAAUAAUCGUAUUAAAUAUACUAAGAAAACGACUCUUUUCCUGGCGUUUAUUUGUACGUCGAAUGUUUUUGUGUGAUUGUUUUCCAUUUCACAUUUCACAGAACGUAUUCUAUACUAUUUGAGUUUUAGAUUUUUGAACGGAUCGUUCCAUAAUACAUAUGAUA